GGCUGCGGGCGGGAGGACGUUGCUCGACCCGAGCUGAGGCCGAAGCCAGGGGCGGCGGAGCGGCAGGGUCGGGGCGGGCCAGGCUCCAUGGCGCCAGUGGCGUCCGUCUGAGCAGCGCCGGCACUGCGGGCGGCGGCCGGGUUGGGCUGGGUGCGCUGCUCCUCGCCAUGGGGGACGUGGUGUCCACGCACCUGGACGACGCCCGGCGCCAGCACAUCGCAGGACGAGGGCCCGGAAGACUGGACCCCACACUUGCCCAAUCCCUCGGCUGCUCUGCCUAGGACCCAGGUUGCUGCUGUUCGGUUGCCCUUUGCUGCUCUCCAUCUCUGGCUUGAAACAUCUCAGAAAGCUGCCAGUAGGGCUUGUGCCAGGUCCUCGUGCCCACCCUGGCCACCAACCCUGGGACAGAUGGAAACCUGUCAGCUCCUCGUCGGUCAUUGUCUCUGACCAUCCCAGAGAAAACCGAGAAGAUCCUGAGGGAGUUCCUCCAAUUCUACAAGGACCAGUAUGGCGUUGCGCUCUUCAACAGCAUGCGCCAUGAGAUUGAGGGCACUGGGCUGCCGCAGGCACAGCUGCUCUGGCGCAAGGUGCCGCUGGACGAGCGCAUCAUCUUCUCGGGGAACCUCUUCCAGUAUCAGGAAGACAAUAAGAAGUGGAGGAAUCGCUUCAGCCUGGUGCCACACAACUACGGGCUGGUGCUGUAUGAGAACAAAGUGGCCUAUGAGCGGCAGGUCCCACCCCGUGCCAUCAUCAACAGUGCAGGCUACAAAGUUCUCACCUCCCUGGACCAGUACCUGGAGCUGGUUGGCAACUCUUUACCAGGGACCACGUCAAAGUCGGGUGGCACCCCCAUCUUCAAGUGCCCCACACAAUUCCCACUCAUCCUCUGGCAUCCUUUUGCGAGACACUACUACUUCUGCAUGAUGACGGAAGCUGAGCAAGACAAGUGGCAGGCGGUGCUGCAGGACUGUGUCAGGCAUUGCAACAAUGGCAUCCCCGAGGACUCCAAGGUGGAGGGGCCAGCCUUCACGGACGCCAUCCGCAUGUACCGCCAGGCCAAGGAGUUGUACGGCACCUGGGAGAUGCUAUGCGGGAACGAGGUGCAGAUCCUGAGCAACCUGGUGAUGGAGGAGCUGGGCCCCGAGCUGAAGGCAGAGCUUGCGCCACGGCUGAAGGGAAAACUGCAGGAGCGGCAGAGACAGUGGAUCCAGAUCUCAGACUCUGUGUACCGCAUGGUGUAUGAGCGGGUCAAGGUGCCCUUCGAGGAGACGCUGUCCAAGCUGCAGUGGGCGCGGCCCGCCAUGGAGGCGACCAUCCGCACAGACAUGGACCAGAUCAUCACCUCCAAGGAGCACCUGGCCAGCAAGAUCCGAGCAUUCAUCCUGCCCAAGGCGGAAGUGUGUGUGCGGAACCACGUCCAGCCCUACAUCCCGUCCAUCCUGGAGGCCCUGAUGGUGCCCACCAGCCAGGGCUUCACCGAGGUGCGGGACGUCUUCUUCAAGGAGGUCACUGACAUGAACCUGAACGUGAUCAAUGAGGGCGGCAUCGACAAGCUGGGCGAGUACAUGGAGAAACUGUCGCAGCUGGCCUACCACCCCCUGAAGAUGCAGGGCUGCUAUGACAAGAUGGAGCCGCUCCGACUAGAUGGGCUGCAGCAGCGCUUCGACGUGCCCAGCACGUUCGUGUUCAAGCAGCGCGCGCAGAUCCUCAUGCGUGAGCAAAUGGACAACGCCGUGUAUACCUUCGAGACACUGCUGCACCAGGAGCUGGGGAAGGGGCCCACCCGGGAGGGACUGUGCAAGUCCAUCCAGCGCAUCCUGGAGCGGGUGCUCAAGAAGUACGACUACGACAGCAGCACGGUGCGCAAGCGGUUCUUCCGGGAGGCGCUGCUGCAGAUCACCAUUCCCUUCCUGCUCAGAAAGCUGGCUCCCACCUGCAAGUCGGAGCUGCCCCGCUUCCAAGAGCUGAUCUUCGAGGACUUUUCCAGGUUCCUCCUGGUGGAGAACACUUACGAGGAGGUGGUGCUGCAGACCGUCAUGAAGGAUAUCCUGCAGGCUGUGAAGGAGGCUGCGGUGCAGCGGAAGCACAACCUGUACCGGGACAGCGUGGUCCUGCACAACAGCGACCCCAACCUGCACCUGCUGGCCGAGAGCGCGCCCAUCGACUGGGGUGGAGAGGACGGUGACAGGGGUGAUGGCAGCGGAGGCAGCCCCAGCCCCGGUGUCCCCGAAGUGGCUGCCCUUUCAGAGAAGCGCCGGCGUGCCAAGCAGGUGGUGUCCGUGGUCCAGGACGAGGAGGCGGAGCUGCCCUUUGAGGCGGGCUCCCCGGCGACCCCGGACAGUGUCACCGAGAUCCGCGGGCUGCUGUCCCAGGAUCUGCGGGCCGAGAGCGCCCCCCCAGCCAGCCCCCUACUCAAUGGGGCGCCCGCCCAGGAGAGCCCCCAGCCCGAGGCGGCCCCCGAGACGCCCUCGCCGCCCAGCUCGCCGUCCUGGCGCCUCCCGCCCGUGAAGGCUGUGGACCUUGAGCCCCCCAAGCCCAGCGACCAGGAGACCGGGGAGCAGGUGUCCAGCCCCAGUGGCCGGCCCCCCAUCCACACCACCACUGAGGACAGUGCGGGGGUGCAGACGGAGUUCUAGGCUGGCGGCCUGAGUGGCUGCUUCCUCCGAGGCACCGGCAGGCUCGGGGCCCUGGGCCUCCCGGGGCUGCUCUGUCUUCCUUUCUGCAGGCUGAUCUUGGAUGUAGGGUCUGGCUUCCAGGCUUUCUCUUUGUGCAGGGGUUGAACGCAGCUGGAGGGGCUGGGGGCUCCUCCAUCCUGUCCUCCGGGCACCACCACUUCCCUCCCGGUGGGCCUUGCCAGCCUCGGAGGGAGGACGAUGGGCGUGGGCACUGUGACUGGAAGUCUGCGGAGCUGGUGAGCUGCCCUCCUGUCACUAUGGGGCCCACCAGGACCAGGACUGUGGGGGCCCCACUUCUUGUCCUGACCCUCCCAGGCCAGCUCCCGGGACUGAGGGUGAUGGAAGAAGGGGUCGCCAGGCUGGGGGAGGCGGCGUGUCGGGCGCUGUCCCCGAGGGGAGUGGGUGAGGGCCGGGGAUGGAAGGAGAAAGACCCGGAACGUGCUGGUCUGUGGCGAGAAGUGUCCUGAGGGACGACGUCGGGAGAGUGUCCGAGGGAGGCUAGAGGCCGAGAUGGCAGAGUGAGCAUCACUGGAAGCGGGGAUGUGGGGGGCUCUGCACACACCCGCCUCUCCCAGCCCCCGUCUCCUUCCUGCUGGCCGGGGAUCGGCUGUCUCAGGGUCCCCCACCUUGGCUCACACUUUGGACACACAGGUUGGUCAGAAGCAUGGUGUCACCUCCCUGUCCCCUCCGAAGGACCUGGAUGGGGCUCCUGAGGGUGAAGGAGGGGAGUAUGGCCUCUGCUGCCUCUGAGCCCAAGUCCCUUGACCCUGAAAAUUCUAGACCCCUCUAUGCAAAUGUCCUCAUGAGUCACUGGGCUUGGGUGCCCCUUCCUCAGCUGCUUGCCCCAGGGUGACGGCCCCACCCAGUGUCCUGCAGACCCACUCCCCAGGGCAGGGCCUUAGACCCACAGGACGGCAGCUGGUGCUCAGUCAGGGACCCCCCAGUCCCCAGCCCCAAUGUCAGCUGCAUCACUAACCUCUUCUGAUGUCCUCUAGUGCCUUGGGGGUUUUGAGCAGCAUUCCCAGAUAUGGUAUUGCAAAUACUAUGCAAACUGUUUAAGCUUCUGCUAAUCAAUAAAUGCUUUAUUUAAAGUUG